CUGCUCCAAACUGGGCCAUUCUCAAAGGGCUGUUUACUGGUACUGACAGCUCCACAACAGAGUGAACAAAGGGGGAGAUAUAUACUUUUUAUGUAUUUGUGGAUAUUUUCCUUAACAAAAUGAAGUCUACUGUAGUCUUGCUUCUUGGGGUUGUUCUCUUGAUAAGGGGUACAUUCGCUGCAGAAGAAUCCUGUGCAAAGCGCUGUGGGUCCUUUAACCCUGGGAACAAAUGCCAGUGUGACUCCAUGUGUGUGUACUAUGGGAGCUGUUGUCCUGACUACGACUCUGUCUGCCCCAAAAAGGCACGAGGUGACACUUUUGCUGAAAUGGAAGAUGUGACUGAGAUCAUGACGACAGUGAAUGAAGUGCCUCCUGCUGCCACUGAAUCUUCCCCUCUUCCCAGUCCUGCCUCUGCUGCGGUGAUCAUCCCAACUCUGGGUCCCAUGGAGGACACAGACCUCAACGCAGCAACCUGCAGCGGGAAAGCUUUUGACGCUUUCCUCCAGCUAAAAAAUGGCUCCAUCUAUGCAUUCAGAGGUGAAUACUUCUUUGAACUUGACGACAAAUCUGUGCUUCCUGGUUAUCCCAAAUUAAUUGAAGAUGUUUGGGGAAUUCCUGGCCCCAUUGACGCUGCUUUUACAAGGAUCAACUGCCAGGGAAAAACUUACAUAUUCAAGGGACACCAGUAUUGGAGGUUUGAUGGGGACGUUCUGGAUGAAGAUUACCCAAGGAACAUUACGGUGGGAUUUGACGGAGUCCCGAAUGACAUGGACGCAGCCUUUGCUGUCCCUGCCCCGAGUCACAGAGGGAAAGAGAAGGCCUAUUUCUUCAAAGAUGACAAGUAUUACCAGUAUGAGUUCAAGCACCAGCCGACCCAUGAGGAGUGUGUGGAGAUGACGCGUUCGUCCCCCUCUGUGGUAUUCACACGCUACACCAACCUGUUCUGUGACCGUUCCUUCACAGACAUGUUCAGAGACCUGUUUGGGGCCCCAUCUGGCAGCACCCCCAGUGGCCCUCGCCUCAUCAGUCAGGACUGGGCAGGGCUGAGCUAUCCCGUGGACGCAGCCAUGGUGGGACGGGUCAAACUUACCCCCAAACCCACCCUUCCUCCUGUGACAAUAGCCAAACGUCACAACUCCAGAAAGAGGAGACCCAGCAGGAAACGGAGCUCACGAAGGACCCGUCAUGUGUUAUUUGAGGAUAUGUUUGAUAGCCUUUUUGAUGACCUCUUUGACUAUGGGGAAUAUACUGACUACACAGACUAUAGCAACUUGAGAAUCACACAUCAGCCGCAGCCGCAACAAGUCAAGACUACGCCAGUUCAAAACGUCUAUUUUUUCAGAAGAGAUAAAUAUACCAGAGUUGACCUAAAGAGGAAGCGUGUGGACAGCGUGCUCCCUCCUUACCCACGAUCUAUUGCAAAAUACUGGCUUGGUUGUGAGAAUGAACAAAUUCCUGAUACUUCACGAGCAGAAAAAUGAGAGAGAUCUAAACUAAACAAGACAAAUCUCAUUUACACAAUGCAACACCACCUUGGCCACAUCAAGUAUAAUGUAGCAAAUGAAACGGUCAUUAAACUGAAAUUCUGUCUAAGAUUAUAAUAAAGUGCACAUUUGUGUUUAUUUGUUUAAAUAUUUAAAACACUAUUUGUGCCUCUGUAGCCUGUGCAUGCAGUCUAUUGCCAUAAGUUAACUGGAAGUAGCUAUUGAUGAAAUAUAAAUAAAUAAACUAUAUACUUGCAUAGAAACAUCCAAGAACUUGCUCUGUUGUUGUCAGAAAUCUUUGUGAAGAAGGAGCGUCAUCUGCUGGACAUUAAAGACAAUGCAAUACUUGAUGAAAUCUGUACAAUGGCCUGCUUGA